CGCGUCGCGCGCAGCAGAAGCGGCAGCGGUGUCGGCGCGAGGAGGCUGUGAGGAUGGCGGAUCUCGCGCAGAGCGGCAGCGACGGAGAGCAGCGGGCGCGGGGCUUCGCGCGCCAGGGAGCCCUGAGGCAGAAGAACGUGCAUGAAGUGAAGGACCACAAGUUCAUCGCGCGCUUCUUCAAGCAGCCGACCUUCUGCAGCCACUGCACGGACUUCAUCUGGGGUUUCGGGAAACAAGGAUUUCAGUGUCAAGUGUGCUGUUUCGUGGUUCAUAAGCGCUGCCAUGAAUUCGUCACCUUUUCCUGUCCCGGAGCAGAUAAAGGUCCUGCGUCAGAUGACCCGCGCAGUAAGCACAAGUUUAAGGUGCACACCUACUCCAGCCCAACGUUCUGCGAUCACUGCGGUUCACUGCUAUAUGGCCUUAUCCACCAGGGCAUGCGAUGUGAACACUGUAUGAUGAAUAUCCAUAAGCGGUGUGUGGCGAAUGUUCCCAGUCUGUGUGGGACUGACCACACCGAGCGCCGCGGCCGCAUCCAGAUCACCGCUAACAUCAAGAACAACGUCCUGACCGUCAGCAUUAAGGAGGCGAAGAACCUGGUGCCCAUGGACCCCAAUGGCCUGUCUGAUCCGUACGUCAAACUCAAGCUGAUCCCGGACCCCAAAAGUGAGAGCAAACAGAAAACUAAAACCAUCAAGUGCUGCCUGAAUCCCACAUGGAAUGAAACUUUCACAUUUAAUCUGAAGGACUCUGAUAAGGACCGCAGGUUGUCUGUGGAGAUUUGGGAUUGGGACCUGACCAGCAGGAAUGACUUCAUGGGCUCUCUUUCGUUUGGCAUCUCAGAGUUACAGAAACAAGGAGUGGAUGGAUGGUUUAAGCUGCUGAGUCAGGAGGAGGGGGAAUACUUUAAUGUUCCUGUUCCUCCGGAGGGAGAGGAGGGCAAUGAGGAGCUCAGGCAGAAGUUUGAGAGAGCCAAAAUUGGUGCAGGCACCAAGAACACAGACAGCUCCUCCAACGCCAUCUCCAAGUUUGAUAGCAACGGAAACCGAGACCGCAUGAAGCUCUCUGACUUCAACUUCCUCAUGGUGCUGGGAAAAGGCAGCUUUGGCAAGGUAAUGCUAGCUGAGCGUAAGGGAACUGAUGAGCUGUUUGCUAUAAAGAUCCUGAAGAAGGACGUGGUGAUCCAGGAUGAUGAUGUGGAGUGUACGAUGGUGGAGAAGAGGGUCCUGGCUUUAUCAGGAAAACCUCCGUUUCUCACUCAGCUCCACUCCUGCUUCCAGACCAUGGAUCGGCUGUACUUUGUGAUGGAGUACAUUAACGGAGGAGAUCUGAUGUAUCAGAUCCAGCAGGUUGGCAAGUUCAAGGAACCCCACGCUGUGUUCUACGCUGCAGAGAUAGCUAUAGGACUGUUCUUCCUGCACCGUAAAGGCAUCAUUUACAGAGACCUGAAGUUGGACAAUGUCAUGCUGGACGCUGAGGGUCAUAUUAAGAUUGCUGAUUUCGGGAUGUGUAAGGAGAACAUGCUUGAAGGUGUGACGACCAAAACCUUCUGUGGGACUCCAGACUACAUCGCCCCUGAGAUUAUUGCAUAUCAGCCAUACGGGAAGUCAGUGGACUGGUGGGCAUUUGGAGUGCUGCUGUAUGAGAUGUUGGCAGGACAGCCCCCAUUCGAUGGUGAGGAUGAGGAUGAGCUGUUUCAGUCCAUCAUGGAGCAUCACGUGUCCUAUCCGAAAUCCAUGUCCAAAGAAGCCGUGGCCAUCUGUAAAGGGCUGAUGACUAAGCACCCUGGGAAGCGUCUGGGCUGUGGUCCGGAGGGCGAGCGGGACAUCCGGGAGCACGGCUUCUUCCGUUAUAUGGACUGGGAAAAACUGGAGAAUAAAGAGGUUCAACCACCAUUCAAACCGAAAGCUUGUGGCCGGGAUGCAGAGAACUUUGACCGUUUUUUCACGCGUCAUCCUCCGGUUCUCACUCCCCCAGACCAGGAGGUCAUCAUGAACCUCGACCAAGACGAGUUUGAGGGCUUUUCCUUCAUAAACCCUGAAUAUCCUCUCAUGGAAACCCCGAACACCCCACCAUAAACCUCCCACAAAGCACCCAAACCCCACCGUGGUAGUCAAGAACAACCAUUAAACCCCUUCAUCCCUCAUUCCAGACAACCCCCUCUCAUUUCCAUUCGCAUAUGCCCCCCCAGAGGCCGCGAGGCUGUGGUGCAUAUGAGCAUAAUUAGUCAUGUUCAAUAUUUAACCGACUGCAUACUUAGAUGCAUGCAAUACUUUGGCAUAAUAGCUAGUUAAUCUGAUGUUUAAUAACUUACUGAAUGUGUAUGUAUUUUUGAACCCAGCAGCUUCUCAGUCUGGGCUUUUCUUCUUUCUCCAUCCUUGGUCUUCUCCAUGUAUGGCCUAGAAUCAAGUCCCCGUUCAGGUUCCUCCAGGCUGCAUGACUGAUGUCCAGGGUUUGCUGCAUUAUGGCUCACUGCAUUUGUGAUGUUGUGAUGGUUUUGUUUUCAUUGAGAAUCCAUCUCCUUUUCUGUUUACCUUUCGUUUCGUUUGCCUGUUUGAGUUCUCAUCCACGAGCAACACAAGCAGAUGAGCUGUGCAUGAGUAUUGCUUCCAUUGCAACUCCAGUAUGUAUUAGAUGAGCUCGAUGGCGUGGAAGGCCAGGCCUGUUUCACCUGCUCACUGAUUUGCUUUAUACCGACUGAUGACGGAGAUAAGUGGUUGAGCAUGUGUGAAGGUGAUCUUUGUAGAAUGCAACUACAUUUCUAACAGCGCUUGCCUGGAUGCGCCUUGCUGUCUGUGGUAAUCUGUUUCUCUCGCUCGAGCCAGCCGUCCGUCUCCCUCUCAGACCUCCAUGCAGUGGGACUCCUCUCGAUGAUCUCUGGUGAACCUUCUCUCGUGUGUAACCUCUCCUGCCUGGUUUCACAGCCGGGCUGAGAUGUGUUUAACAUUUUCAACAGCACUACCUCCUCCCAAAGACGCAGAGCAGUGAGAGGAAAAAGAGGGCAUUGCUAAUAUCAGCCUGCGAUCAUACGGAGCCUCUGACCACACCAAAAAGUGUACACUGCAAAUAAACAUCUCUCAUCAAUGGAAAACAUCUUCACAUAUAGUCAAUAUGUCUAAUAUUUCUCAAUACAAGUGUUAUAAUAAUGUAUAAUAGAUAUUUUGACAUUUUGUUCUUAUUUUAAGUCAUUUUAUCCACUGAAACUUCUAUUGUCAGAUCAUUUCAAAGAUAAUUUAUUUAUAUAACCAAAUUAUCUGUUAUUUCUCAAAACAAUGAACAAAUAUGGCAAUAGAAUAAGAUACUUUCACCAGAUAAAAUGACUCAAAACAAGCAAAAAUGUAUAAACAGGUAGAAUAAUCUUAUAAUAUUCUUACAACAGUCUUAUAAUGAUAAAUAUAAAAUAUAUUAACUUUUAAAUUUAAGAUGUUUUCACUUGAUAAGAUAUUGUUUUUGCAGUAUAAGUCUCAAAUGAACCACUUUAGGGUCAACUCGGACCCGCAGAGUCUCAGUACUUAGAAAUCCAGAGUUAUUAUUGUCAUUUACUGUUUAAAUAUAAUUAUUAUUGCUAUCAAAAUUAACAAUAAUAAUUUAUCACAUUAAAACCUCUUUCCCAGUUUGACCCUUUGACCUGCCCACAGUAGCUCAGGCUGAAGCCCAGCUGUAUUCGCUCUUAUAGAAUCCAGGAUUGUAGAGUUCUCAUUCAAAUACAGCUUUUACAGUGAUUUGUUGGACCCUGAAUGUUGAAAAUAAUGGUAUUGGAUCAUAAAAUGUAAUAAAUAUAUUCUGAUGAAGCUUAUAAUGUUCACUUAAACAUCUGUAACACAGCUGGUAUCUCAACUGGAACUAAACUAACUAACUUUUUUAAGAGCCAAAUUUAAGCAGUUAAGACAAGUGAGAUUAUUUUAAUAGUUUGGCAGCCAGUUGUAUUGACUUACAUUGUGCUUUGACAGAUUUGAGUCUCAAUUAAUUUAAUGACAAAAAAUUACAUUAACUUGCCUUCUGCAGAAACAAGACUGAACAAACAACAUAAACAUUUCAUUAAAUUCAAACCAUAAUAAAAACUCCUCUAGUCAUAAACACAAAUACUGUAUAGUUACGUUCCAUGUAAAAAUGGCCCAAAUCUGAUUUUCUAACCAAAUCUGAUUUGUUUGUUUGGCUGUUCAGAUUAUCUUAUAAAUGUGAUUUGUAUGCGACAUUAGUCUGAACAGGUCAGCUCCUAAACUGACCCACAUCCAGAGGUAUGCAAUCACAACCUCCAACGGACGCCAGUCACUCCCAGAGCUUCAGCUUCACCAGCAUUACAGGAGCAAUUACGAAAUUCCAAUGACAGACAGCUGGGCUCAUCACCCAGAAUGUAUUUGAGUUCGCCAUAAAAGAGGGCACGUCAUUCAGCCACCUCAGCCGCUUCUUUGGUUCGUGUCCUCAGAUUUUUUAAUCAGUUCUCUGACGCUGCAGCCUCUGUCUCCUCCGGCCGCGUUCGGCCAUUUCAAUUUGCUAACCUUUUCAAACACAAAGCAGUUGUGAUGAGUCUUUUCUAAUUUUUUGGUACAGAAACAUCAGCCUAAAUGUUUGCAAACCUCUACAGCAUGAAAUCAUGAUGAAUGUCAAGUUGUACUGACGUAAAAGUUGCAUGAAUUCCGAUCUGGAUGUUCAGACUGAGUCACAUUGUCACAGAUCGGAUACGUAUCACAUUUCAGUACCACAUAUGAAAGCAUUUCAAAUCGGAAUUGAAAAUGUCAGAUUCAGUGAGUUUAUCUGUUCACACUGACACACAGACUGUGUCAGACUGUCCGUGUCAGCAAAGAGAUUUGGGCCACUUUUACCUGCUGUGUAAACAUAGCCUAUGUCAGAAGCAGUUAAUGUGAAAUUAGAGCAGCUUUUGUUAUCAGUGAUGAUAUUGCCACCUCCUUAGGGUUAAAUAUGAAUUCAAUCUCUAAUGCCCCGUUUACAAUAAUUCUAAUUCAGUAAAGGGUUCAGAUGUAGGACUCACUAUUGAAACCCUCCUAGUAGCCAGUCUGUCAAUCAAGCUGAUAGUGAUAGCAUUACAGAAGACACAGUACUGAAUAUUGAAUAUAGAAUCUCUACAUAAGAGCAUCUUAGAUGACAUCUUAGAAGCUGCCUGCUGAAAAGAGCCAUGAAGCAAAAAGGAAGAAUAAGCUAGAAGCUAACAAGCUAAAACUAAGAGAGACAGUAAGAAAAGGGAGAGUGACAGAAGCACAGAUGAAACGAGUUGUGACAGCUGUGGAAUCUGAAGGGAUUCACUAUUAUUUACAUUUUUAUUGUUUUUAUAUUUUGUUUAUUUACUUUUUGAUGAAAAAGUGAUAACAUCUUAAAUCAGCUCAAUUCUAUUCAACAUUAUUGUCAUUAUAAGUAUAUAGGGGUUCAGACAGCAUUCGCAUAAUAAUUACAAUAUAUUUGUUUAUUGGACUCACAGACAAGUUUUAGCACGUGGCCUUCCUCAGCGUGCUAUUAGCAUUCUAGCCAACAAACCACCAAACAAAACUAGCUGUCACCCUCCUCUUAUGAUGUCAUUAAAGUGAGUCACAACUAUCAACAAGACCGAUCAUAGACCAAUUACAAUAAAAAUAAAAAAUAAAAAAUUACUCAGCAGUUUAUUCUACUAGUGAAAAAUUAAAAUUAAAAUUGAAAAAAUUACUCAAAGCUAAAUCUUCAUCCCUACCAUCUGGCAUCACUGUAUUCAUGAAGCUAGCUAGUUAAGUCACUCACUAAAACCACAACAUUUUAAUCUGUAACUUGCUUGUAAUUACAUAUUUCCACAAGAGUGGGCUCCAAAGCCCUGCUGCUGAUGGGUGGAGCUUUUAUUAAGUAGAAAACACAACAUAGGCCUACUUUAAAUUUAAUCUUCUACUGUUUGACUUUAAGGAACCUAACUUUUGUUAUUGUUCAAAUCAGUCGGUAAAGCUCUGUUUAACUGAAACUACAGAGUUGGUAUAAUAUGUCCUUGCAAAAUUAUAUCGACUGAUAUUUUUUAGCUUUGUAAAGUUAGAGUUCAUAUAACUGAGGACACUGUCACAACAAUCAGACCCUAAAAUGAUGUUAAAUGCUGAAUCUCCAAAUUCACGUAGUGCCGCUAAGAGCUGACUAAUCAGAGAGCAGCCUUGAUGACGGAGUUUGAACAGAGAAACAGGACCGUCAGCUGGGAGAUGCCGGACUGAUUAGCGGGAGUGGAUCAUACUAGAAGCUCCAAGCAGAGCGUAGUAUAAUUACACUUAUCAGUCUGUGACGGCAGUGAAUGAAGACAAAGACGUUCAGACACAUUCAGAUCCUGAUACGGCACCAAUGUAUAGCGCCAGCGUUGCUAUAGUUUCAGAGCAAAUUAGUGCUUAGACUGUUUAGCAGAAUUAUGAUAUCAGCUGUGAUAUGAGGGAUUAGAGUGAAUCAGAAUUCUCAUAUUUCAACUGUUUCUCAGAGGAGAUCAGGGCGAGUAACUCAGCAGGUUUGGGUCGGAGUGUAGAGGGUUAAACAGGUCAGGAAGGACAGGAACUGCUCGAGCAAUAACGAAAGCACCACAGGGGGGACAUCAUUAUGCAGAUCGUUCAGCAAAUACGUUAGUGUUUAGCACUAAACACAGUGCUUAGCAUUUAUGCUAAGGUGUUUAGCACUGAACAAAGUGUUUAGCACUAAACACAGUGUUUAGCAUUCAUGCUAGAGUGUUUAGCACUGAACACAGUGUUUAGCAUUCAUGCUAGAAUGUUUAGCACUGAACACAGUGUUUAGCAUUCAUGCUAGAGUGUUUAGCACUAAACACAGUGUUUAGCAUUCAUGCUAGAGUGUUUAGCACUAAACACAGUUUUUAGCAUUCAUGCUAGAUAAACAGAGUGGUUAGCAUUUGUUCCAGAUUAAUUAGACCUACUUACAUCUUCACUUGAUUAAAAAGGUCAAGGUUUCUGCUGUCUGAGCUUCAGAAAUUUAACAAUAAAAAUUGUUUGGUAUCAGUCAGUAACACACUGAUUACUAAAACCAUUGGGUUCUGUUUAAUAUAUCCACAUAAAAUCACAAAAUCCAGUAUUUUUGGUUACUGCAAUGCUUAGCUUAUUUGUCUCUGUAUUAGAUCAAUCCCUAAAGUUUAUUGAUAUUAUCAGUUGGUACAUUUUCUGGCUCAUUAAAAUUAUCAGUCAGGCCUUAAAAUCUAUGCUGGUCCCAGAGACGUGGGCUGAUAUUAGUGGUCAUUAGAAUUUUGAGUUCAUUAAAAUCGGCCUUGGUACCGGUGGCAGUUUUCCUAUCGGUGGGGCCCUAAUGUGCACAGAGACACUAGAUAUUCAUUGGCAAUCUGGCUGUGGCCGAUAUUUCAGUGGCUUUUGCUAGAAACCACAGGUGCUUCACAUCCAGUCUUCACCUUCAGGACUUCAGGGUGGUAAAAAUCUCACUGGAGCAGAGUUUACUGUCAUACUGCUCACAGCAGUGGAGUUAAAUCUAGCUUUUAAACCAGUACAGCUCUGGUUUUCGUCAGAAUCUCAGUGUAAAAAAGCAUUUUUCAUUUCUGCCAAAAUUGUGCUUCAUCAGAAGGCUUUGGUAUUUAUUUUGUAAACAUCUUCAAAAUAACAGAUAAUCCUAUAAAACUGUGUCAAAUGUUGUUAAACUGUAUGCAUUAGAUGUGGUCAGUAUUGUACACAUUAACAUUACUAGAAAUAAUACUAGAUGAUUUAUGUGUUUACCAAUAAUGCAUUCUGAGAUACAUAUAUAGAAGAAUGGAAAGUGCUUUGUGCAUGAAUUAUUAACUCAAACUGUGAUUCCAUAAUCUAGUUUAGACCUUUAGACAUAUAUCAGUGUAACAGGGAGUGCUUUGACAGCUGUGUGUGCUUUUUCAGAUGCUUUUUAAUGUGCCAAAGUAUUUUCCAGAAGCAAAAAAUUAUACAUUCAAUAAAAUGGGAAGCUGUACUUUG